CUUAAAUUUCAACCCCUUUUUUCGAUACCCACCACUUCAACUCCAUAUCAUCACCUGCAAAUUUGCAGGAUCCGAUGGAACAAAAUCGGCGCGUACCCUUUCCACCUCAAACAAGGCGUGCGGACUCCGGCGCCGGAUCAAAGGCUUGGCUCGUUGUCUCAGAGCACGGAAGCUCGAAUGUCGAUCUCGGAAAAAAUCAGAUUAUGCGCCUGACUGGAGUCUCGGCCCACGACUUGAGGGUCCUUGAGCCGGAGCUUGCGUACCCUUCGACGAUACUUUGCAGAGAGAAGGCAAUUGUUGUCAACUUGGAGCAUAUCAGAGCAAUCAUAACGGCCAAUGAAGUCUUUGUUCCGAAUCCGAUGGACCCAACUCUUGAAUCUUUUGUUUGGGAUCUCAAAUGCAAGCUUUCGGUUGUGAGAGAUAGUAAUCCUAGAACUCCAACAGAGGGACCAAAUGCGGGCAAUUCAAAGCCAUUACCUUUUGAGUUUAGAGCUCUUGAAAUAUGCCUAGAGUCUGUGUGCAACAUCCUUGAAUCCGAGAUGAGACUGCCUCAUGCUAUAAGCAAACGAUGA